AUGGCGCCUGAAAAGCUCCACGGCCGCGCCUUUUACGAGAGCAUCGGCUCGCCCAAAUAUGUCGUUGCGCCUAUGGUUGACCAGUCCGAGUUCGCCUGGCGUCUUCUCACGCGCUCUUUCCUCCCGCCAGAGCUACGGACAACAAUACUGGCAUACUCGCCCAUGUUCCACGCCAAACUCUUCGCCGAAGCACCCAAAUACCGAGCCGCCCACUUCGAACCACUCAAGCCGCCGCUCGUGAUACCGCCAUCAGGAGAUGUCCAGCAUCAGAACUUGUUUGGUGAAGAGGAUGCAUAUCUAGACGGCAAUCCAAAAAUCGAUCGGCCGCUUUUCGUCCAAUUUUGCGCCAACGAACCCGAUAUGCUUCUGGAGGCUGCGAAGCUCGUGCAGCCUUUCUGCGAUGCGGUAGACCUGAAUUUGGGAUGCCCGCAGGGUAUUGCGAGGAGAGGGCACUAUGGAGCGUUCUUGCAAGAAGAUUGGGACACCAUCUACAAACUCAUAAACACGCUGCACAAAGGGCUAGACAUCCCCGUGACGGCGAAGAUGCGAGUACUGGAGACGAAAGAGAGGACAUUGGAUUAUGCCAAGAUGAUUUUAAGCGCAGGAGCAAGCAUCAUCACAGUACAUGGUCGGCAGAGAGAACAAAAGGGCCACAAUACUGGUUUAGCGGAUUGGACGAAGAUACGAUACUUGAGGGAACAGCUACCUCCAGAGACUGUCAUUUUCGCAAAUGGCAAUAUCUUGCGGUAUGAUGACUUACAGAAGUCGUUGGAUGCUACCAAAGCAGACGCCAUCAUGAGCGCAGAAGGCAACCUCUAUGAUCCGUCCAUUUUCGCGCCUGCUCCGCCAGUCGGUCAAGAAGGGCGUGAGUAUUGGCGCGGCCGAGAUGGUAAAGGUGGCUACAGAGCAGAUGCGGUGCUUCGACGAUAUCUGAACAUCAUUCACAAGCACGUUCUUGGGCAGGAUCCACCAGAGCGAGAGCCAUUGUUUCUCCCAACCGACCCUAGACCUGAAACAGACUCUGCAAAGAUCGAAACACAAUGCACCGAGACGGAAGAGGACCAAGGAGAGGAUGGUCCGCCCAAAAAGAAGCAAAAGCGCGAAGGAUCUGAAAAGGAAAAGAAAGAGAAGCGGAACGGUAAGCAGGAGAAGUGCACCAAUCCCAAUUUGGUCGCUAUGCAGGCGCACUGCUUCCACAUUCUCCGUUCACUCGUUAGCACACACCACGGAGUCAGAGAUGCACUCGCCAAAUCCCGAGUCGGAGACAUUGACGCCUACGAAAACGUGCUCAAACUCACCCAAGAGGCUGUAAAAGAAGGCCUCCUCGACUAUGAGAAGGACCCAAGCAAAUACGAGUACCCAGACCCUCAAGAAGGCGAAGAGGAAGCCGAUCCGGAACUCUACAGUACCGCAGCUGUUCGACGAUGUAAGAGACCAUAUUGGAUCUGUCAGCCUCACAUUCGUCCUCUUCCGAAGGAGGCGAUCGAAAAAGGUAGCUUGCAGCUGAGCAAGAAAGUAAAGGCGAGGCUGCAAGCAGAAAAAGACGAAAAAGAAAAGGCCGGUCUGCCUGCUGAUGGUAAAGUCGAAGUCGUCAAGACUGCCGACAAGCAUGCCAACAAUGGCGCAGAGGAGAGAGUCGAAGCAGAGAUACCCAAGGAAGGCGUCAUUUGCGGCUAA